UCGAAACUCGCCAUUGUAGUAGUGUAUUGAAGUGAGUGAAUUUGAGCCAUUGCAACGAAACGGUUUUCUGCCUCGAGUCUUGGGUGUACUGUGUUUUCUGUGUGUGCUAUUUUCAAAAAGAAAGUGCAAUUUUGAGUGUUUUUAGGUUUUAUGUGAUAAUGGCAACGGCGCUUCCGCCGUCGCCCGCGUGAAUUUGUGAGACUCAAGUGCAGUGAACCUCCAGGGCUCGCCGCCUCAAGAAUAAGCCGACCACAAUGAAAAUGGUGUUGUCACAACGGCAACGAGAGGAGCUGAACAAAGCGAUCGCCGACUACCUGGGCAGCAAUGGCUACAAUGACGCGCUGGAAGCGUUUAAGAAAGAAGCUGAAAUGACCGGCGAAAUGGAUCGCAAGUUUGGUGGCCUACUCGAGAAGAAGUGGACGUCGGUUAUCAGACUUCAGAAAAAGGUGAUGGAAUUGGAGUCCAAACUUUCCGAGGCACAGAAGGAAUUCAUAGAGGGAGCGCCCACGAGAGCAAAGCGCACGCCGACCGAGUGGAUUCCACGUCCGCCCGAGAAGUUCUGUCUCACCGGUCAUCGGGCCACCAUUACAAAGGUAAUAUUUCAUCCAGUGUUCAGUUUAUUGGUGUCCUCGAGUGAGGAUGCUACAAUCAAAGUAUGGGAUUUUGAGAAUGGCGACUACGAACGAUCCCUGAAGGGCCAUACCGACUCCGUUCAGGACAUCGCUUUCGACCAUCAUGGCAAGCUACUUGUGUCCUGCAGUGCAGACAUGUCGAUCAAGUUGUGGGAUUUCAACCAGACAUAUGAAUGCAUUAAAACUAUGCACGGUCAUGAUCACAACGUCUCGUCCGUUGCGUUCUCUCCCAGUGGUGAUAUCGUAUAUUCAGCCAGUCGGGACAAGACGAUCAAGGCGUGGGAAGUGGCCACAGGAUACUGUGUGAAAACAUACAAAGGUCACCGCGAGUGGGUGCGCAUGGUGCGCGUGUCUGCGGACGGCACGCUGCUGGCGUCGUGCUCCAACGACCAGACCGUGCGCAUCUGGAACGCGGACACCAAUGAGUGCAAGAUGGAGCUCCGCGAACACGAGCACGUCGUGGAGUGCGUGUCGUGGGCGCCCGAGUCGGCCGCCUCCGCGGUCAACGAAGCGGCCGGCGGAGACAACCGACGCGCUAAUCACCAAGGACCGUUCCUCGCAAGCGGAUCUCGCGACAAGUCUGUGAAGAUCUGGGACGUCAGUACGGGUCAGUGCCUGGCGACGCUGGUGGGGCACGACAACUGGGUGCGCGGCGCGGUGUGGCACCCCGGCGGCCGCUACCUGCUCACCGCGUCCGACGACAAGACCCUGCGCGUCUGGGACGUGGCGCACACCAGGUGCCUCAAGACGCUGUACGCGCACCAACACUUCGCUACCAGUCUUGAUUUCCACAGGAACUUGCCAUAUGUGAUAUCGGGCAGCGUCGAUCAGACCGUCAAAGUUUGGGAGUGUCGCUAAGAGCAUUGCCAUUUUAGUAACUUAAACUCACCGAUGAUAUUUUUAUCAUUAUUUUUCACAUUUAAUAAAACUUCAAUGAGAGCAUUAAGUUUCGAUUUUAAUGGUAAAAUCAUUCAAAGAAACGAAUAAAUAGUUUUGAUAAUUUAUUGAUAUUGUUUCUUCCUUCCGUUCAUUGCGAUCUAAUGUGGUGUACCUGACAAUGCUAUGUCGAAAUUGUAAACCGGUCUAUCACACUUCUAUUCGUAUGGUCUAUUGAUUAGAGUAACACAUUCCAUUAAAACUUAACGGCUCAUAGAUAAUUAUUGUAUGUGAAUAGUUAAUUUUGUUAUGUCUGAUUUUAGUAAAAUUUCUAAAAAUAUAAUGACGUAGCAUUCGUCAUAUACCCGAUUGAACGAUGGAACGAGGAGUAAAAGCUGUGUUAUAAUUUAACUUUUCAUUAUUCUAUUUUAUUUUAUAGUUAUUGUUUAUUCGUAAGAGCGUUUAGAUGUAACUUUAUUUGGUAUGAAUAGUUAAUGUUUUCUUACUUGUCCACUCUAUAAAACUUGUACCUUAAUUUGUUUACUUAUAAUUUAGUUUUAUUAAAUUUAAUAUUGAUGGUUAUUCAUGACAAUCAACCUGGAUUUAGUCAUUUUAUGUGAAUCACAUUAAAAACUCAUUCAAAUUUUCUUGUACAUAAAGAUUUUAAUUCUUUUUUUGUCUCUGCUCGAUUGAUCCUCAUUAUGUUUGUUUGCAUUUCUGCUAACAGCAUUAAUGGAUAUCUAAAGGGACAAGAAACUAAAUAAAUGAUUGUUUAGUUCUAUUGCAAUAAGUGUGAUGCUGAUGAAGAUAAUGUAUGCUUUGUUUGUAACAAAUUGCAGUUUUAAAAGGACUUAUUUUAAGUUUUGUCAAUUCAAAACUUUAACUAUAAGUUAGAGUGUUAUAUUUUAAAGAUUUUUUUACUAUUUAUUUAUAUCUUCGAUGUUUUAAUUUGAAAUGUCUCAAACGAACUUGUUUUAUGAGCUAGCGCUUUAAAUUACUAAUUAAGUGGUUUCUUGCAAUAGUCUACCAUACAAUAAAUACCCUUAUAUCGGUUUUAAGUUGUUUGAAUUUACAACAUACUAUAUUAUAAUCAACAUAAAGAGAAGUGUGUGAUAUACAUUAUAAUUAAUUUUUUUAUUAACUAUGCUGUUUGUGGUAGCUAGACACAAAGAUAAUUACUGAUGCCCCUUUCUAGUUAUUUAUUAUCGAUAUCGAGGAAUUUGGUUGCCCGAUAUUUUAUAGAAUUUAGUAGUAGUCGUAGUAUUGAGUAUUGUCAUACUAUUAGAUGCUUUGCAGUGCUAGCACAUGAUUAAAUGUAUGAAUUACAAAUGAAGAGCUACUGUGAUACCAUGUAAAGUAAAUUGAAUGUUUUGAACCUGCAAAUUACGGCUUAGCUAUUUUAUACUUUAAGCGAAAUUAUCGCUGCAAAUAUUACAUAACAUGGUACCACAUGGCCAUUUGCUUAAUCAAUGUAGAUUGGUAGUAUCAAGGAGAUUGUAUAUUAAGUUAUUUGUCUUUAAAAUUAUCACAUAGUAGUAAUGAAUGUACAUGUUUAUAAUCUCCCUUUAUCUAACUUAAAUAGCGGAAAUAUAUUAACACAAAUAAAUAAAUAAACUUUUAAAUAUAUUAGAUGAUUAAUUCAAAUUAUCGUUAAUAAUUCUGGUGUCAGUAUAGUUUAGAUAUUAUAAUGAUUAGAUAUUCUUAGAAAUUCCAAGCUACAUAAAUAAAAUCAUAACCGAUUGUACAUCUAUAUUCAAAUUUCAAACUUUUUAUGUAAUCUCCUUGAUCCAUAUAAAAAGUCAUUAAUAAGUUAAAGCUUGCAAAAUAUAUUGUACGACUUACAUAAAUAAGAAAUUUGUAUUACUAUAAUCGAGUAAAUAGUAUUUGCACUCAUGUCAAAGUAAAUUGCUUAUAAUAUCAACUGAAUAUGUAUGUCAAUCGACUGCCGAAAUCCUCUUCCAACAUAGUUCAGUCUUGGUCUCUUAAUAAUAUUAUCAGAGGAUUUUGUGUGCCCAUUUAACCAUUGUAUUUUGUCUAAAUUUAUAUAGAAAAUGAACAACCAAAAUUUAAUAGAAUUUGGUCUAAUAUUUUCUGUAAAUAAAUCAAUUAAAUAUGUAAUUUA